GGAGAAAGUAUAAGAGCCAGUGGUGCUGUUGACAAUGCAGUCAUAUGGUGUAAAUAUACCUGUGCAUAUGUUAAGUUUCAGUGUCAGGGGUUAAAACAAUACAAUUGAUUUAGUAAAAUGUAAUACAAUUAGUUUCGUUAUGACCAAACCGAAAGUGAAAGGCGUACAAGUGAGCAAAGAGCAUGCACUUGUUAGUCAUCUACUCGGCACAUACACGUCUUUCAGGUUUUAACAUUUAAAGGAAGCAGAGUAGUAAAAAAAUAUUCGACACUUGUAUUACUUUCAUACUCAAAGGUAAUAUUUUCCUUUCAAACCAUGUCUGAGAAAAAUGAAAUCGACGAGGGCUUAUACUCUCGCCAACUGUAUGUACUGGGCCAUGAUGCGAUGCGUCGUAUGGGGACAGCCUCCGUUCUGAUUGCUGGAAUGCGAGGUGUCGGGGUCGAGAUAGCCAAGAAUGUAAUCUUGUCCGGAGUGAAGUCGGUCACUGUCCAGGAUGAAGGUCUGGCUGAGUGGAAAGACCUGUCCACUCAGUUUUUCCUUCGUGAGAGACACCUGGGUCAGAAUCGUGCUUUGAGCUCCCUACCUGAGCUAUCUGCCCUGAACCCUCAUGUUUACGUGACUGCCCACACUGCCCCACUGGACCCAAACCUGCUGCUCAAGUUCCAGGUGGUGGUGCUAACUGACUCCUCAUUGGAGGAUCAGCUGCGUUUCGGGCCAUUCUGCCAUUCUAAUGGAAUCAAGUUCAUUGUGGCAGACGCCAAAGGGCUUUCUGGUCAGUUAUUCUGUGACUUUGGGGAGGAGUUUGAGGUCUUGGACAUCAACGGGGAGACUCUGGCAUCAGCCAUGAUCGACCAUAUCUCUAAGGGAAACCCUGGAAUAGUGACUUGCUCCGUUGACCAGUCUCAUGGCUUUGAAGAUGACUGCAGUGUGUCCUUCUCCGAGAUCCGUGGCAUGACAGAACUCAACAGCUACGGGCCGGUGGACAUCACAGUCCUCAGCCCGUACUCCUUCAGUAUCUGUGACACCUCAGGCCUUUCUGAGUACCAGAAGGGCGGGGUUGCCACUGAGGUCAAAAAGGCCCAGAAGCUACGAUUUAAAUCUAUGGAUGAAGCCUUGUUGGACCCUGAGUUGCUGGUGAUGACAGACUAUGGGAAGGUUGAUAGGCAUCAGACUCUACACCUGGCCUUUCAAGCCCUGCAUGGCUUUGUAAAGACACAGGGAAGACUGCCUAAGCCCAGGUCCCAGUCGGAUGCCGAGGUCCUGCUGGCCGGGGUGGUCGAGCUGAACAAGGUGGCUCAGCUGGAGCACCUGGACGAGGCUGUGGUUCGAGGUCUGUCCUUCACCGCCAGCGGCGACCUGGCCCCGGUCAACGCCUUCAUAGGAGGAGUGGCCGCGCAGGAGGUCCUGAAGGCUUGCAGUGGGAAGUUCACCCCUCUUCAGCAGUGGCUGUACUUCGAUGCCAUGGAGUGUCUCGCCGACGACCAUCAGUUCACAGAGAGCUCCUGUUCACCUAGAGGCAGCAGAUACGAUGGCCAGAUCGCUGUGUUCGGAUCAGCUUUCCAGGAGAGGCUGGAGAAACAGAAGUAUUUCCUGGUUGGAGCUGGUGCCAUUGGGUGUGAACUUCUGAAGAACUUUGCUCUGAUAGGCCUUGGUGCUGGAGAGGGAGGACACAUCACCGUGACUGACAUGGACUCCAUCGAAAGGUCCAACCUGAACCGACAGUUCCUGUUCAGGCCUCGAGACAUCGGGAGGCAGAAAUCGGAGGCGGCUGCCGAGGCAGUCAGAGAGAUGAACCCACGCGUGAACAUCGAGGCCCAUCAGAACCGCGUGGACCCGGACAGUGAGCGGGUCUACGGACGCCGCUUCUUCACAGGCCUGGAUGGCGUGGCGGCCGCUCUGGACAACGUGGAAGCCCGAGUGUAUCUGGACGGGCGCUGUGUGCAGCACCAGAAGCCCAUGCUGGAGGGGGGGACCCUGGGUAGUAAGGGCCAUACUCUGGUGGUGGUGCCCCACCUCACACAGUCCUACGGCCCGGCCGGGGCUAACAAUGUGAAGGCCAUCCCUCUCUGCACCCUCAAGAACUUCCCUCACCGCAUAGAGCACACGUUGCAGUGGGCUCGAGACCAGUUUGAAGGGCUCUUCAAGCAACCAGCUGAAAACGUGAACCAAUACUUGAAAGAUGCCGGCUUCCUGGAGAGGACCCUGGGCCUGGGGGAGGCCGAGGCCCUGGAGGUGCUGGACGGGGUUUGGGCCAGCGUGGGGGGCCGGCGUCCGGCGGGCUGGGAGGACUGUGUGAGCUGGGCCCGACUCCGCUGGGAGACCCUCUACAACAACGACAUCCGCCAGCUGCUGCACUGCUUCCCGCAAGGACAGUUGACAAGUUCAGGCCUCCCCUUCUGGUCUGGAGCGAAGAGGUGUCCACAUCCUCUCAUCUUUGACCCCAACAAUACCACCCAUAUGGACUAUGUGGUGGCGGCAGCCAACCUGUAUGGGCAGACCUACGGGAUAGCAGGGAGCAGAGACUACGCUGCCGUCAGGAAGGUCCUGGAGAAGGUCCCCGUGCCUGACUUCACCCCCAAGUCUACGGUGAAGAUCCACGUGACAGACCAGGAGAUGGAGGAGGACAAGGAGAAGCAGAUCGCCGAUGUCGACCAGGGUCGACUGGAGGAACUCGAGAGGAAGCUAGCCCUUCAAGCCCAGAGGAGCUCAGCCAUGCAGAUGCACCCCGCAGACUUUGAGAAGGACGAUGACAGUAACUUCCACAUGGACUUUAUCGUCGCCGCCUCGAACCUGCGGGCGGAGAACUACGAGAUCCCUGCAGCCGACAGACACAAGAGCAAGCUCAUCGCGGGGCGGAUCAUACCGGCCAUAGCGACGACCACGGCGGUGGUGGCCGGUCUGAUGUGUGUGGAGCUGUACAAGCUGGUCCUGGGCCUGCCCGCCAUCUCCUCCUACCGCUCGUCCUACAUCAACAUGGCCGUCCAGCUGUUCGUCCUCUCCCAGCCCUGCCCGCCUCGCCGUUUCACCGUUGCAGAAAAGGAGUAUUCCCUGUGGGAUAACUUCCAGGUCCGGGGCAGAGGAGAUGGCCAGCAGGAAAUGACCUUGGGAGAACUGCUCAGCCACAUCAAGGAGGAGUACCACUUGGAGAUCAGCAGCCUGUUUUAUGGGAGUGCCGUGUUGUACGACGCCGGCCCCGCUCACCAGGAGAGACUGCUGCUGAGCGUGUCUGACGUGGUGAGGAAGGUCACCAAGGCGGACCUCCCCCAGCACCUGCGCAUGCUCCAGAUGUUCCCCUCCUUCGCAGAGGACGAGGACUGUGAGGUGGUGCCGCCCAUCCACUACCUGCUCUGAUGAGGUCAUCAAGAGUGGACCGUGGAGACGAGGGGCACGGACGGAGGAGCGGCGCGCCCAGCUGUCCAACACGUCAUCGUCCCCUCUGAAAUGAACCUGUCAUGAUCCAAUUCUACUUGUGCUUUAAAUGUUAUUGUUACAAGCUUUUAAGUAGGGAAAAAGAUUAAUCUGUUUUCAUUGACGUGUAUAUAUAUAUAUAUAUAUGAUGGGUUUGGUUUUUAAAUACUAAGAUGUCAAAACUGAUUCCUGCUAGACAGCAUUUGUAAUAUUGAUAGCCCAGCCUUAUCUGGCCAUCACCACAGCAAAGCAGCUCUAAGGGAAAUGGAGGUCGAGCAGGUAAUUGACACCUUUCCUGGAAAACGCCCUCCUACAUGCACCAGCAUGUAGCCCCCCCAGUCCUCAGCACCAUCGCCCUGAUCCAUCCAUCCCCUCCAAGCAUGAUCCAUCCAUCCCCUCCAAGCAUGAUCCAUCCAUCCCCUCCAAGCAUGAUCCAUCCAUCCCCUCCAAGCAUGAUCCAUCCAUCCCCUCCAACCAUGCAAGAUGAUUGUUUUUAAACGGACGUGCGCGAAACAUAUAGUGGCAUACCAUGCUGAGAUAAGGCCAGAUGUGUUGAAUAAAGCCAGAUAUAGAGUGGUGGAAGAGAGAGGGGAAGAGAGGGGGAGUGUUCCUCUCCUCGCCUGGCCAGCCUUGACUGCUCCAUUAUGGGUUCUUAUCAACUGUGGCUGUGGGUAAUACCAUGCGACAGAUGCUGCAGCAAGGUCCGCCAUCUGUAGUUCUGCGUGCAGGUCCCCUCAGUGUUUGUGCAGCGGGCUGUGGACACAUGCCAGGGCAUACGGAUUAGAUCAGAUGGGGGGGGGGGGGGGGGGGGGGGCGGCUAGGGGCAUCCAGAGCUAACAGCAGCAGAUCGACCAGGGUGUUGGUGCUGUGGCUCCAACAGUUAGUGAACCUGUAUCUGAAUACAGCUGUUGGGUCAGUACCAAACCCCCAUGGUCCACACAUACACACACACAGCAAAUCACAUCUGGGAAGUGAUCCAGGCAUGAGGUCAGGCAGCCUCCAGGUUUUCUGGAGGGAGGGGGGUGGGGGGGGGGGGUGUAGAUGUGGCCUUCCUCCAUGCUCUGAGAUGUAAACAUCUCUGUGUUGAUGUCAGCUCCAGUGGGAGCAGGCUGCCUCCUCUGUCAGACCAGCAUGGUUAUCUCACUAACCUUCCCCCUCUCCUCAGAUCUGGGUGACUUGUGUAAAUACUGCAGGCUUGUAUUCUGAUGCUGAAACCCUAUUCUUUCACUGAUUGAAAAAGGUAUUUCUAUGGUGUUCUCUGGUCUGAACUGAAUAAAAGCUUGUUGACUGGCACUUGUGAUCUGGGCUUCCUUGGAGACUAGAUAGUUCAUCAUAACACCCUCUUUACUACUAGCUCCAUUCAGCACAAUGGAUUUCUACCUGUUCA